AUCGCGGGUAGAAAAGCGCAAAACAACAAGACUCGUUAACUAAACGUUAGUGUUGCUACAACUCUGUUGGUGAGCCGGGAACAUGGAACAAAAUAUGUUUCAGAUGGUGAAUCCGCAGAGACUGGAGUCCCUGGAGAAGUGGCUUACAGAAACUAACAUCACUUUAACGCAGAUUAACGGCCAGCGCAGAUAUGGCGGUCCUCCUCCGGGAUGGAGAGGUCCAACACCAGGUCCAGGCUGUGAGGUCUUUAUAAGUCAGAUCCCACGGGACGUGUACGAGGACCAGCUGAUCCCACUGUUCCAGAGCGUGGCCCCGCUCUACGAGUUCCGCCUCAUGAUGAACUUCAGUGGGCAGAACCGAGGCUUUGCUUAUGCCAAAUACGGAGACACGGCUAGCGCAGCCGGCGCUAUCCAGGCUCUGAACCUGUAUCCACUCCAGAGUGGCGUCAGGCUUAGUGUCAGGAGGAGCACGGAGAAGAGGCAGCUGUGUCUCAGCGAUCUGCCUUCCACCGUAGGGCGCAACGAGCUGCUGGUUGUGCUGCGGCAAAUUACUGACGGAGUGGAGGGCGUCAACGUGAGGACCACCGGGCCGAAGGAGAAAGACGUCACUGCGCUCGUGCACUACUCCUCCCACCAUGCCGCCUCCAUGGCCAAGAAGGUGUUGGUGCAAGCCUUCAAGAAGCUGUAUGGCAUGUCCAUCUCCGUCCGUUGGAUGUCUGGAAGCGGGAAAUUCAGACACGAGGGACAUGACGAAGAGAGACUUCUCGUACCGCCCCGUCUGAAACCCGCGGCCCUGAAUACUUUAACACCACCACGCGUCCAGCUCGGCCGAGACCACGAGCAUCCUCCGCCUUUACCUACACCACCCUCAUCCCUUCACUCGCAGUCUAUCUCUCGGGCAGUAGGGGUUCUGAACCCGCAGGCGAUGAGUGUGAUGUUACCCAUGAAGCCCAGGAACAGUGUGGAGGAGCCCCUGCAUGACUCGGUGCACCAGCUGCGCUGGCUGUGUGAGCUGCAUGGGCUCGGCUUGCCACUCUACAACGUGCGCUAUGACCACACCGGCCCUGACGGCUUCCUGUAUUUUGCCUACAGGGUGGUGGUGCCAGGGCUGGCUAUGCCCUUCUGCGGCAUCAUCCACGUCCUUCCCAGCACCUGUGCCAACAACAUGGAGGCCGAGGUUCAGCGAGCCGCAGCCAAGCAGCUCCUCAGUUCCCUUUGGCAGGCGAGAAAUCUGUGAGCUACAAUGUGAGUUCCUAAAGUACGACAUUUCAACCGGUGAAAGUAACAAGCCUCAAAGAUGGCACAGACGGAGCUAUUAUAAUAUAGUACAUCGACGUAUUAGCACAGCAAUUAGCAUCUCCUUGUUUCUUUAGCUGCUUGCUAGCUAUUUAGUGGUGAUCUAGAUGACAGGAAUAUGGAUUGGCAAAAUCUAAGAUUAACAAAAAUGAAGUACAAAAAUCCAAAUAUAAAUAAUUGACUAACAAUGAAAUAAAUAAAUAAAAUAUAACUUUCCUGUCCUAAAUUUACCGAGCGCCAGAUGUGAUUCGUCUUACACCCAUGACAUCGUAGCACAACAAUCGGCUAUUACAGAAACCGCAAAAUAUUCGAUCCUUUGUUCAACUUCGAAAAAGAGAAAAAAAUUCGUGUUUCAUGUUCAGCAUUAAGAUCAGAAGCUGCCUUUAAUUUCUUACGGUUUUGUUUUACCUUUUGAUAUGGUGUUUUAUAGCGUUUUAAUUUUUUUUUUACUAUCAUUAUUUAUUUGUCUGUUUGUUUCACCUCUUUGGAUUGAUCUUUGACAAAUUUGCCUGAUAUUUGGAUUUGUUUGGUUUUCUGACUUUGGAGUG